CCUGUCACACAACUUGUACCUAGCUGCCCGGCGCCCCUGUUGACUUGUUUGCGCUUCAGCGACCGGGCCCGCACGGCAACCAACUCUGCCGAAAGCAGUCGGCGCAUAGCACGCGUUUGCUGGAGACAUGCAGCUGAAGUAAUUAACGCGACACUACUAAUAUUAUACUUAUACUAUCACGCGUUGCCAACAUGUCGAAUAGGGGCGCCUCCGCUGUGAAGGCGAAGGGCGGCGAGUCUGAACCGCUGAACCAGGUGCCGGUGCUGGACGUGUCCAACAUCACCCCGGAGCAGUUCUGGGCCGAGUACGUUGCGCCGCGCAAGCCGGUCCUCAUCCGCGGCCACCCCACGGACCUGUCCUGGCGCGCCACGGGACUGUGGACCGACGACUACCUGGUGGCCCGGGCGGGUUCCGCCCAGGUGCUUGUGGAGGUGCGGGGCGGCCCGGGUGAGGGCUACGGCCGGGGCCUGAAGCGGCGCAUGGCCUUCGGCGACUUGGUGCGGCGGCUGGCGGCGGGCGACACACACCUGUACCUCACGGCGCAGCAGGUGCCGGUGGCGCCCGACGGCCACCCCGCGCUGAUGGCUGAGCCGCUGCUGAGCCUGGCUGCGGCGGGCGACUUCCCGGCGGCUCCGGCGCUGGCGGGGCACCUGGUGCCGCAGUCCGUCAACUUGUGGAUGGGGGCGGCGCCGGAGGGCUCCAGCUCCGGCCUGCACCACGACUUCCACGACAACCUGUACCUGCUGUUGCGCGGAGCCAAGCGCUUCCGCCUCUACCCGCCCGCCGCCGCCCCGCGCAUGUACACGGUGGGGCGGCUGGUGCGGGUGUACGACAACGGCCGCAUCGUGUACGAGGGACAGGGCGACAUUGCGCCGGACGGCACCAGCGCCUCCGAGGUGGCGCACUGGCGGCGGAGGCGGGCGGCGGAGGCGGCCAUGGCGGAGGCGGAGGCGGCGGUGCAGCGGGGGGACAAGGUGGGGCGGGGGCGGUGCAGCGGGGGGACAAGGCGAGAUGACUUCGAGGAGGAAGAGGAAGACGAGGACAGCGAAGAGCAGCAGGAACGGGGGCGCAAGCAGCAGAAGCAGGCGGGCAAGCAGGCCGGCAAGGGCGCCGGCGGCAGCAAGGGGAAGGCGGGGGGCGGGGAGGGGGAGGAGGAGGGCGAGGGCGAGGGGGGUUUGAUCCGGGAGCCGGACAGCGACACGCCGCCCAGCUUCUGCCGCGUGCCCAUCGGCGACCCAGGUGUGAGCGACGCGCACAUCGCCGCGCAGUGGCCGCGCUUCCCCGGCCGGGCGGCGGCGCUGGAGGCGCGCGUGGAGGCGGGCUGCAUGCUGUACCUGCCCGCCGGCUGGUUCCACGAGGUCACCUCCUACGGAGCCGCCGGCCCGGCCAACGCCACCACCAAUGGAAACCCCAGCGCCGGAUCAAGCGCCGAAUCCAGCACCGGCGGCGGCCACCUGGCCUUCAACUACUGGUUCCACCCGCCCGACCGGCUGGAUCCAAGCCGUACGACCGGUUUUAACCGCCCGUACACGUCUGACUACUGGCCGGCGCUGUGGCGGGCGCGCUGCGCGGCGGGGCUGCCAGGCGGCAUGGAGCCGGGGCUGGGGGCGCAGCCGCCGCCGGCCGCGGAGGGGCCCGGCACCGACCCCACUGACCCGGCCCACCCGCACCACGCCUGGCGCAAGGACGCCGCCGCCGGGCCGCCAGUGCUGGUGCACCACGACCAGGAGGAGGGCGAGGAGGGCGAGGAGGAGGAGGAGGAGGACGAGGAGGGUGAGGAGGAUGAGGACGAGGAGAGUGAGGGUGAGGAGGAUGAGGACGAGGAUGAGGAAAUGGCGGACGGCGAGGAAGAUGCCGACCUGAGCCCGCCGCGCCGGCAGCAGCAGCAGCAAGGGCAGGGGCAGCAGCAGGGGCAGUCUCCGCAGGGGGGCUCGGGGCCGCCACGCAGCCGGGUGCAGGCGGUGAGGGACCUGCUGGAGGCAAUUGCGGCGGCGCGUGCGGCAGGGGCGGCGGAUGGGGCGGCGGCGGCGGCGGCUGGAGGUGGAGGAGGAGGCGGCGGUGGCGGCGCGGCGGCGGAGGAGGGCCUGCCGGCGGGCAUGACGGAGGAGGACUACCAGGUGCUGCUGCAGCUGGACCAGGCGCAGCGGCGGGGGCAGGCCAUGCAGGCCAUGCGCGCGUUCUUCGAGCGGCAGAUGAAGCUGCGGGAGCUGCAGCGCCUCCGCUCGCGCCUGCCGCCCGGCCGCCGCCACCACCCCGUUAUUCGGGUGGCGAGGGCGGUGCGCCGCUGGCGGCCCGCGCAGCCGCUAGGCCGCAAAGGCGCGGCAGCGGCGGCGGCGGAGGCGGAGGCAGCGGGUGGCGCAGGGGGUGCCGGAGGAGGAGGCGCACAGGCGGCAGUGGGGGCGCAGCACAAGGGGAAGAACGCGGGGGCCGCAGGCGGCGUGCGUGUGGCUGGGGGUGUGCGGAAGGUCGGUCGCCGUUGAGUUAGCCCUGCCUGUCCUGGGAUGGCGCAGGAUGGCGCGGGCCUCGCGAUUUCGGUGUUGCGUAGAUCAUAGGAGGAGAGGGGUGUGCCCGCUGGUGACAGUGCGUCAGCGGGAUUUGAAAGACGUGGCGGGUUGAUUGCGCCCGAAUCCACCGUACGAGCACGGUUGGUGGAGGCACUGGAGGUCAAAGGGGUUAUUGCGCGCGAGGUCAGAAAGUAUGAGGGAUCGGGUAUGAG